AUGAUAUUUUUAACAACACCAUCAAUUGUAAUGAGUACAAUUGAUAAAAUAGCUAAUAAAUAUCGUUCAAUUGAUCCAUUAAAACGAGUAACAAAACAAAUACAUUUUCCAGUUGUAUUAACAUCUGUAAUGCCUGUUUUAUUAUUACGUAUAUUUGCUGCUGCAAUGCCAUCACUUGUUAGUGUAACAUCGUUACUUGAAAAACAAUGGAAAAAAUCUGCAUUAGAUAAAUCAAUGAUGAUUAAAUUAUUUGUUUUUCUUUCAAUGAUGAUACUUAUUUUACCAUCAUUAGGUUUAACAAGUAUUGAAGGAUUUCUUCGAUGGGUUUUUGAAAGUGAAGAUGGUAUUUCACAAAAUAGUAGAAUUCGUUGGAUGUGUAUGUUUUUACCCGACAAUGGAGCAUUUUUUGUGAAUUAUAUAAUAACAUCAGCAUUUAUUGGAGCUGCUAUUGAAUUAUUACGUUUAGCUGAUCUUAUCUUUUAUAUUUAUAUAAUUCUAACAGCUAAAUCAACAGCUGAAAGACGUGUUAUUCGACAUGCUCUUCAAUUUCCAUUUCGUUUUGGUGUAC